AUGGCAACAAACGCUGUGCCGGACACACAGCUGGGUCUCUCAGCAGAGGAGAUACAGCUGCUGAGGCAGGGCCAAGCAGCACUCGGAGGAGGAUCGACGAGCUCCCGCGCCGCCAGCAGAGCCAGUAGUCAGGGCCUACUGCUACUAGACAGCUCUUCUCUUGCUGCUCUGGGGAGGUACUUUGAUCGUUUGAUGGCGAACAUUGAACAGAACAUACAAUAUCUCAGCGAGCAAGCACAAAUGUUCACCCAAGUUCAAUAUGAUCGAGCCGGAAACAUCAUUGAUGGCGCCGACGCAGAAAUCGCGAGAUACCAGCAGAUUCUAGUGCAACUUGACGAGUUGGAGACGGAUUUUGACCGAAUAGCCCACAUCAAAGAAAUCGUCAAGGGUUAUCGGUCCAGAGUUGAGGAACUCGAACGAGAUUUGGAGACGAGUGGAUCGUCAAGUCGGCACCACAAGCACUCGUCUCACAAGCAUUCGCAUUCGCAUUCUCACUCGCAUAAACACGGUUCAUCUCACAAGAGCAGGCACUGA